AAAAAGUGGUAACAGCAUCAUGUUUUGCUAGUUUUUAAAUUUUAGAAGUAAAAUGCAGAGAAAAGAAAGUCGAUGGGUGACCGAAAUAUCGGUCCCAGAAGUGGAGAAGCGGCGAAUACCGAGCAAACAUUAUGUAUACAUUAUCAUGGUAACCUGGUCAGACCACACCACCACAACUCUCUACCGGAGGUACAGCCGAUUCUUUGACUUUCAGAAUGAAUUACUGGACAAAUUUCCCUUGGAGGCAGGCUUGCUUGAUCCUAUGAAAAGGAUUAUACCUUUUUUACCAGGGAAGAUAUACUUUGGCAGAAGUCACAUUCGAGAUGUCGCCCUGAAGAGACUCAAGCCCAUCAAUGACUACUGCAAGGCUCUAAUCGCACUGCCAGAAAAAAUCUCCCAUUGUGAGGACGUUUUGGAUUUCUUCGAUGUGGGACCUGAGGAUAUAGCACCAGUAAAUGAAAAACCCAAGAUGAAGAAAAAGAAUCAAAACAUAGAGAAGAUCUCCGGCCCAAAGCUUGCUGAGGAAUAUGUGGUGAUCGGGGACUACACCAAGGAGGACAAAUGGGACCUGAAUCUCAAGGCUGGUAUGGUAGUACAGGUCGUGGAGAAAAGUGAGAGUGGUUGGUGGUUUGUCACCAUAGAAGAUCAUCAAGGCUGGGUGCCAAGCACAUACCUGAAGAGGAAGGAUGGUCUGAAGGAAAACACUACCCAGAGGCUGUUGCCUGGAGAAGAGGAGAAGUUCACAGUGACAGAAGCCUUCUAUCCAUCAAAUGAAGAUGAGAUAGCCCUGGAGUUGGGUACUGUUGUUGAUGUCUUAGAGAAGAACCUGGAUGGUUGGUGGCUGGUCAGGUACCUGGGAAAAGAAGGCUGGGCACCUGCCACAUACCUGAUGAAAGCUGAAAAAGCCCACAUACAACGCACAGCCCGUCAGUCUGGGGUACAAGUUGUUGGCACCCUGAGCGAUAUUAGUGACAUCAUGUCCCGAGGAGAGGAGGAACAGGCUGUUGGGGGAAUGUCUGGAGCUGGGGGCAAGACAAGACCACUAGGAAGGAAGCUUAGAAAACAAAAGUCUGGAAGUCUUGAGAGAGGGGGAUCCAUCCGUCCUCCACCUCGACAAAACUCCAUCAAAAAUAUAAAAUCAGAAUUAAAUUGGAUCCAGCUUGACGUCACUAUAAAAGAGGCAAAAUCCCAACGCUACAUAACAAUAUCAGACUUCAGUGAUACUGUGGGGGAUGGCAUCAGCUUCAAGAGAGGACAAGAAGUCUUGGUUUCUGAGAAGACAGAUGGUGGAUGGUGGUUUGGAGAAAUAAACGGAACUGCAGGAUGGAUUCCCUCCUCUUACAUACAAGAAAUCUCAAACGAUACGAUUGAUGAAGAAGACAGUGUUUAUCAUGAGGUUCCAGGGUCAUCAGAUGAAGGAGAUAGUAAGUCUGAUCCAGAAGAUGAUGAGUGGUAUCAGGAAGUAGCUGAUGCCAAAAAACCAGAACAUGAUGAAGAUUAUCUUGAACCAAUGAAUAAAGCAGACCCUGAACAAAUACAAUUAAAGAAACCACUUCCUGAUCCAAGUAAUACAAAAAGCCCAGUCAGACCAGUGCUUCCACUGCCCAAAUCCUCCUCAUCUCCUUCACAGCAGGACAAUGAUUCUGAUGUCAAGGGAUCUGUUUCACAGGCACUGAAGUCAAGAUUUGAGAAUGAGAAAACAGCAGUUCCUUCCAGGCCAUUUACACCACCAAGAGACAACCGUGUGUCAAGUAACUAUCAGAAUCAAGAAGAUGAAAGAUCCUCGAACUUAGCGAAUGUCCUCAAAGCUAGGUUUGAAAAACGACAAAGUGCUGCUAAUGAAGAACAGAAAGGUACUCCAGACAAUAAUAAUCCUUCAAAUUCAGCCAUUAAAAAACAACCACUUCUGCCACCAGUUAAACCCAAAGUGAAAUCUGCUUCGUCACCAAAAGAUGACAACGUACCAAAGCCUAACGGAAAACCACUUCCUUCAAAGACUCAUCCACCCAUUAAGCCCUUGAAACCAGCACUUCCACUGAAGGAACCAACUAAAACUGAUAGCAGCUCAGAUUUGAAAAGUGUUUUAGCUGCGAAAUUUCAAGCUCGAAACAGUGGGGCAGUUCUUGCUGAAACAAGGAAUUCCCCAGAACCUCCUCCUGUUGGAAGGAAACAAGCUGUUAAACAACAGGGAAAUGAUGAAAAAGAUGAUGGAAAUGUUUCUACAUCUGAUUUGAAAUCAAAGUUUGAAACAAUGGGUAUCAAGAAACCCACUCCAGCUACAUCCAAACCAAAACCACAAAUCCCUGUUCAAAGUGGCCCACAGUUUAGAAAGUCAAAGCCAUUAGUUCCUGAGAAAAAGAUUCUGCCAAAGACUGCAAUGAAACCAAAACCUCCUGUGUCUACAAAACCUGUUCCAAACCCAACUUCUGUACCAGAAAAAAAUAAAAGACAAGCAAACGUGAAAUUUGUAGCUACUGCAGACUUUGAAGCAGAAAACGAUGGUGAGAUAUCGUUUCGUGCUGGUGAUUCUUUGAGUGUUAAACAACAGCUUGAUACAGGUUGGUGGCUUGUAACCUUCAAUGGAAAUGAAGGCUGGGCACCUGCAACUUAUCUUCAAGAAUUAUAGCAGCUGAUGUCAUUAUUUCUCCGAGACAGAUGAGUUGCCAGCUUUUAGUACAAAUCAUUUGGGUAGCAGUUUUCUAGUCAUGUGAACUUUUUGCAGUUUUGGUCAAAUGUUGGGGAAAGCUCUGCCCAGCUUCAUCGGUGCUCAGUUUCUGUCAGUUGAAGGUAGGGUGUUAAUGCUAAUGAAAGUUAGGUUAUAUGUUAAUUGUCACAACUAAUCUAUACACUAUAAACACCACAAUUAACUGCAAAUCCAAGCUCAUCAUAAGUAAUAGGCAUGUUGUAGAUACAUAUAAUGUCAGUCAUGGAGGUAAUUCACAAUACAUGUGAACAUGCUAGUGUGUUCCCACUACUCAUUUCAUUUUGUACUUGUAAUGUAUCAUAAGGUAUACCAGCCUGUCCCUCUCUCUUAAAACAAUCAUUGUGUUUCUAUGUACAGGUGUUGCUGUAGGUGUAUGAUUUAUACCUAAACUGAGCCAGUAAAUGAUAGUUGGUAUACAUUUCCAUACUAAUAAAAGGGCAGCGUCAGAGGUGUUUUGUGCAAUAGCAAAUCUGUUUUAUGUGCAUCAUAUUCGAUAAAUUAGUUCCUCACAUAAAAAUAUAAGUGAUUUUUGUUUGCAGAGAUACAUACAAUUUUGAUGAAACCAGGAGUGCUGGUCAAACCCGCUACUUAUACUUAUGGGUGUGAAAAAUCCACUUCCUGGCAUAAUGCGUUAAUAUAGUCGGUGAUCAAUAUUUUUCCUUUUUUGGAUACUUCAUUCGUUAUAUGAUUAAUUUCCGGGAGGCUUUUGAUUCAUAUAUCUUUCUACAGGGGAGAUAACUCGUUAGACGACCAGAGUCUUUCUAAACCCAAUACCAUUGUCAUUGCAAUGUUAUUGACUCCAUGGUUUCAUUUACAGUCAUGUGUUGCAUCCUUUUAAUAUUUAUCUUUUGCUGGAAAAAUUCUGGAAAUACUCGUGGUUUGGUGGCUGCUCGGUGGAUGUAUAUUACGGUACUUCCGGUUUUGUCAUGGUUUUGAUGAAUAUAUGAAUCACAUCGCUAGUGUUCACAUAAAAGGAUUUACUGUACUUUUCACACAUCAAAGCUUAAUGCUAAGUUACAAUAUUUUGUAGUUCUUAAAACAUUCUAAAAACAUCCUAUAAAUAUUGUUCUGAUCUUUAUACCAUAUUUGGAAGCCUAUAGUAUAUCAUUCUUCUCACAGACAUGAUGAAACCUUUAUCAAGUCUUUGGUAAAUUCAACUCAAAAGUUGAUACAGGAAUUCAGUGUAAGAUGUUGUAGCCAGAUAUUUGUGUUGUUCGACAAAGUUGGUGAGAUUUAAACACAACCAGCAGAUGAAUGAUAUAUGUGAAAUAUAACUUGAGUUGUUGUAAAAGUAAUUUUCUGUAUAGGACCGUUCUUAAUACUAUUUCUGUAUACUAUUGUAGACAACUUAAGGUAAAACUUGACUUUCAAUGUUUUGGGAUCCUUUCCUUCAAUAUCACUUUGGUGCCUGUGUAAGUUUUUAUUGCCGUAACAAACUGGUACUGAUAUUCUGGUUUUGAUAUUUAAUGUUGAUGUAUUUACGCACAGCAUCUUCAUGUGUUACUAUACAUGGAAAGGAUUUUGUUUGUGAUGGAAUUUUACUUUGCUAGUUUUAAGAAGAUUAUAAAAUCAAGAAAAGAGAUACUUUGAAAAAGUUAUCAGAGAAAAUCAUGGUUUGCUUCAUUACUUUCUUUGAAAUUUUGUAGAACUGCAAAAAUUUGAACCAUGGAAAACAGUUACCUGUACAUUAUGUGGAUUAGAAGAAAAAGUUAAAAUGUUUUUAUCUAUAAAGGAUAGACGAAAUGUGUUUUGCGUUGGGAAAUCUGUUUGUUAAGCUGAGGCGGGGGAAAUCGUAUACUGUAUCGUUGUGUUUAUUUGUUUGUUUGUUUGUUUGUUUGUUUAAUGGUUAAAGUACAAGUACAUAGCAACAACUUAUCAUUUCUGUUCAACAACUUAUAAAGCAUUCCGCAGGUUAAUGGGAUUACUAGGAUCCAGGUUUUUGUAGAAAUAGGUUUGUCCUUCCGACUCAAGUAAUGCAUGUAUACUGAAAUAUUGUAUACAUAAUGUGAAUGGUGUAGUUGAUACUUCGAGGGGAAUGAGAGUUAUGCCCCUUUAAUUAAAAUUGUCAUCACAAGCAUGUGUCUAAUUGUCCACUACGACAUGUAAAAUGUGCCUUUAGUCUGCCCCAGAAGUACAGAUGUGAAAGUGUCAUUUGUCGUGUACUACAAAUAAGGUUGACUGUUGUUGUAAGUCGGUGUACAAAGGAUUAAAUGUGCUGGCAACCGGCCUUCACAAACUGCUUCGUGAUAUAUAUGCAGACAGAUAUUAUUUCGCGGAUAUGUCGCCAUAAGUUCGUAUUAUUUUAUUGCAUUUUAACUUAGCGCAUUAUACAAAGUAUAACUCAAGGCUACGUACAACUUAUUGAUGAUGUAAAGAUAUAUUUACAUGUACAUUCAUUGUAUAAUUGUUUUGUACUCAUUUUGCAUUAUUUUGAAUACAAUAGUUUGCUAGAUUGUUACAAGGUUGCAUUGUUUUACAUAAAAAAGAUAAUGGUAUUGUCACUUCUCCGCAAUGUUGUAUCGCUUGCUAUUUCUGUACAGAGAUCUUCACAUUAAGUGGCCUUACCAUUUGUAUCAACUUGCUAUUAUACUCGAUUUUACUUAUGAAAAUGUAUGUUAGCAUAAAACCACUUAUGUAAAAAUCUGGUCUUCAAAGAUUUGUAGGUUGUCUGUGCAGGUCAAGGUGGUUACAGUGUGAUCACGACAUGGUACGGACUGGAACAUUGAUACUUUAUGUAACUACUGGUACUCUCACUAGAAUGUGUCCAGGUUAUAUCAUUACAAGUAUAUUGGAACUGAAAUAUGUACAGGUAAAAUUGCGGGAAAUAUCCAAAGGUGUAUGAUAUGCAAUACUUUUAAUUAGGUCUAAAGUUAUGUUUUUAAUUGCUGUAUUUUUAAAAAAAAAACGUAUAAUUAAACUGUUAUAUUACUGA